AUGUUUGGUUUAAGAUCUAGUAUACAGUUCUCGAAGAGACUGUUCUCCACCAGUGUGCUACGACCAUCAUAUAUCGGUUCAGCACCAAUUUAUAUCCCAGAAGAUGUCAAGAUUGAAUUUUUCGAUCGUGAAGAAGCUAAAAUAAUUAGAAAAGGUAGAAGUGUUUUAAAUAUGACAAAAUAUGCUAAAGUUACAGGUCCAAAGGGGGAAUUACAAAUAAAUAUUCCAGAUUUUUUAAAAUAUAAUACAAAUGCUGAUAAAUUAUUAUUAAGUGUUGAAAAUGAUAAAGAUAAACAACAAAAGGCACUUUGGGGUACUACAAGAGCAGUUUUAAAUAAUCAUGUUACAGGUGUUACUGAAGGUCAUGUUGUUCUUUUAAAACUUGUUGGUACUGGUUAUAGAGCUCAAGUUGAAGAAAGACCAGAUGGUCCAUUUGUUACAAUGAAAGUUGGUGCAUCAAUUCCUCAAGGUCUUUAUGUUCCAAAAGGUUUAACUGUUUCUUCACCUGUUCCAACAAGAAUUAUUGUUGAAGGUGCUGAUAAACAACAAGUUUUAUUAUUUGCUGCUAAUUUACGUAAAUUCCGUCCACCUGAACCUUAUAAAGGUAAAGGUGUUUAUGUUGGUGAUGAAACUAUUAAAAUUAAAGAUAAAAAGAUUAAAUGA